UGCCGCCGAAAUGCGGAGCCUCCCGAGUAACGAACGAAGCAGUUGCUGCCAUUUUGGAAAGUGGAAGGUGGAGUGCUGACAGUUUCUCUAAGGCUGGAAAACGUCAGGCAUCUGCUCGGAACUCGAGGGAUAUUGUACGCAUUGCCUGAGAAAGAAGACGACCUGCCGAAGGAAGAUGUAAACAUAACUGGGAAUGUCAAGAAGACGCACGGGUGUAUAAUUACAUUUUUCUCUUCCAUCUUCGUCUUGCAUGUCAGGGACGUCUGCAUGGCUCGGGUGACUUGUCAGCCGUAAGAUGACAUCAGUUAACAGAAAAAAUGGAAUUAAGUCAGCUGUGAUGAACGUCGUUUCUCGACCUCCACCACUUUUUGUAAAACAGGACAGUCAGAGUGCUAGAACAAUGAGGGAUGCAAAAAAUAUCGACAUUGGUGGCGUGAAGCCCCUUGUCACACGAACAGAAAUUCAUUGCGGUCGUCCAGGUAAUACGAGGAUUAGUGCUGGCAAGCCCACCUAUAAGUCUCAGGAGGAGCAAUAUCAAGAAAUUUUAGAGCUCCGGCGUAACUUAGGUGAAUUACGUGAAGAACAUUCCGGAUUAAAAACUCGAAAUCGACGUCUAGAAGAAGACUUGAUUCGACGCGAUCGACAGAUAGAACAACUGAUGGAUCCUGCAAAGAAUGACGAGGCUCGGAGAAAGCUAACAGAUAAGGGAGCUUCUCUGGUGUCCAGCUUGAAGCUAAGGGUAUCGCGCCUGGAAGCAACUUUGAAGGAUAAGGAGGCUGAAUUGGCAAAGCUUCAAGCUUCAGCUAAAGCUACAGCUCUAAAUGAGAUGAAGAUUGAAGCAGAAACUUAUUACCAGGAGGUUGUAAGGUUGAGGAACCAGUUGAACAUUGCACAACACCAACAGCAGCAAACACAGCAUUAUCAACAGUAUCAGAAGCCUCCACAACAAUACUCUCCUCAACACUCACAGCAUUUUAGCCAACCACCUCAACAGCACACACAGCUCCAGACUCCAGCCCAGCAGGAAACCAAGGGUGGGAAUAUUGGCCAUUGGUCAAACAUGAGAAGUGGUAGGGAUAGCAGGGAUGGAGGAGUACAUGGAAGACGUGAUGGGGGUGAUGGUCAAGAGUCCCCUUCAUCCAGCUUAAGGCAUGCCUUGAUCCAGUUGGAAGAAGAAAAUGCACGUUUAGGAAAUCAAGUGUCAACGCUGACAGCAGAAAACAGUAAACUUUCUGCAGAUAUGGAGAGAGUUCUUGGACUUUCGGAUGAUAUAAAAAGUAAUUAUGAAGGCAUGAGCCGCGGAGAGCUAAUUCGUGAAAUUGAACGAGGUCACGAGGAAAUAGGGCGUUUAGAAACACAGCACAGUCAACUUACAGAUGCAAUAUCUCGAAGGAAUGACAUGGCGGGGGAGAAUACAGCAGUUUUACAGGCAAAAGUCUCCGAAUUACAAGGAAGAGAGGCAGAAUGGGAAAGAGAACGCUCAAGUUUGAGAGAACUUAUCAACACGCUAAAGGAAGAUCGAAUGUUUUAUAAGGAAACAGCACAAAAGAAAGAAGAGAUCACAGUUCUUCAGUCAUCGUACCAGACAACACUCCUUCGACAACAUCUUGGUUUAGUCAGUUCAGAGCUGGAUAGCUUGCGUGGAGAAGUUCAAGCUUUACAACAGGAGGUUAUUGCUCUCCAUGAUUCCCAGCGUCGAAGAAACGAACACCCUUCUCCUCCUGUUUCCCAGCGUUCAGCUCGAGGUCUUACAAGACCCAGUGCCUCUAGUGCAUCAAGGUCAGGUUCUAGCAGUGACAAUACACCUGCUCGCCGUCCUCGUCCUUCUAGUGCUCGCCCCCCUUCAUCUGGCUCUCGUCUUCAGCGCUCACAGAAAUCUUCUAGUGAACCACGAGAAACUCCCCCUCCAAGUAGUUCUCGAAGAACUUCUGUUCAGCAGAGUCCAAGAAAGGGUGUGCCUCCUAGAUCCUCUUCGAAGCCUCCAUCAUCAUCAGCAUCAUCAUCCCCAUCGAAAGGUUCUAUUUCUAAUAUGAUGACAUCUGGGAACAAUGCAAGACCCAGUAGUAGUAGUAAUAAUAGAAGAAUACCAUCCUCCUCUUCAACUCCCAAGGUUAGUCCCUAUGCUUCUCCAAAGCAUAGUUCAAAUGGAAGAGCAACCUCCUCCUCUUCUGCCUCAAAAACCCCUACUCCAAGUUCCUCACCUAGAAAGACAGCAGGAUCCGUGUCUCCCCAACAUAGAGUAACAAGCUCUUCAUCACCGCAGCGUAAAACAGCAAGCUCUUCCUCCUCUAUUGGAAGAAUACCUACUUCGCGUUCUUCUUCGAGAACACCCACUCCUUCUUCAGUGGGAUCCCCAAACAAGAGUGCCACACCUAAUCGAUCACCCUCAAAAGUUCCUGUAGGUAGAAGUUCUGCAAGUCCUGCCACUAGUCCCCUAAAAAGAGCAAAAGUACGAGAAGAAAGUGCCAGCCCUUCGAGAACACCCAGGUCAUCAAGACAGGGAUCUUUACAAGACUCCUCAGCACUUGUUGCUGUUGGCUCACGACGUCCAGCUACAGCAACAGUAGCUGCUAGCCGCGUUGGCCAUUUGCUACCAGAACAUUGCACAUACCAGAUUUCAGCGCGCACCAUGCCUCCACAGCAUCAUGUACUUACACUUAAUUCCCAAGCUAAUUCAAAAAAGGAGGAAGAUGAGAGAGUCCUAGCAGAAAUUCUUUUUCACCGAGAAACAGAUAGCAGUGGUGAGGCUUCUGAUCCUCCUCAUUUAGCACGUCAGAGAACUGUAACACUGAGUCAAGAUGAUGCAGUGUCCAGCCAGGAAGAACAAGAGAGUAUAACUACUCAGCCAAGUGCUCCUCUUCAGAGGCAAAACACCAUUACACUAAGCAGCAAAACUGAUGAUGAAGAACUAUCACUUGAGAAAGAACAGGCUGAAGUCUCUCUCCCAAAUGAAGAAGAACAAGAAGCUGAACAAAUGCAAGAGGAGCCAGAACCAGAGGCACCAGCUUCAUUGGUUACCAGUGAAAAAGAAGAGACAAGUGAAAAUGAAGUCCUGAAGAGUUCAACUGAGGAAGUAGCUUCAACAGAGCAUGACAAAGAGACCGUGAACAUGAGCAGAAUUGUUAAUCUUUGCACGCAGCAGAUUGAUCCUGAAGAAGAAUAUGUCAGUCUCCUUAACUCCCAUUUACAUCGUUGCCAAGCACUACCGUUGCUGCGUAGGGAACAGGACAGUAGGCAAUUGAGUGACUUGGAGACUCUUUGCUCUCUUCUGGAGUCACAUAUAGGUCGCUGUGUUAAGGUGUGGUCGUUCGAAUCGGAAGAGCCUGUACUGAUUAUUGAAAACUUGGAAGUCCUUCAGUCCUUGCUUUCUUCACAUUUGAGCCGUCAGAGGGAAGUGAAUGAACUACUAAGUCAAGAGCCUCUACUUGUUGGAGAAGGACAGGGUACCCCACGGGAAGGCGAAAAUACUCGAGAAGCACCUGACGGUGAAGAGUCAGCCAAGGCCGCAUCAAAACGUUCACAAAAUAUGGUGCGUCAGGGGACAUUUAAUGUUCAUAACCAAGAGACAGUGGCUACUAUUCAUGCAACUCUUGAUGCACACCUCACAAGGGUAAACAAAGUGCAUCAAUUCAACACAAGUUAAUUCAGUAUUAUCAGUAUAUAGUGUUGCAUGUUAGAAAUCACUUACUGGAAAGUUCAUUGCUCAAGACCUUAGGUACAGGCAUUAUUAACCUUACUGUUGAAAGAUGCACAAAGCUUUUAUAGUCUCACAGAGUUACACACACUGCUUGAGUAUGCCUUGUUGAAUAUUUCAAGUGUGAAUAAUUGAUUGUAGUAUAAAAUUGUUAUAUAGAACUGAUGAAACAGAAAAGUUGGUCAGUGGCAAGUUGAAAAGUUUUCAUUGUUUUCCUAAAUAUCUUACAUGUAGUCAAGAGUUAGAUAAUGUUAAAUGAGCUGCUCACAGUAUUCCCCCUUCAAAUGUUGUAAAUAAAAUAAAUUGUUUCUUAAUUACAUACAUUUCCUCAAAAUUUGAGCAUUAAAUCUUGAAAAACAGUAAGGCUAAAUGAGUGAGUUCAGCAAAAUAUAUUUUGCUAUUAAUAUUUUCAUUUGAAGGUCUGUAUGUACAUCUACUGUAUGUGCAUGUGAAGAGCCACAUUUAGGUUGCUGUGUGAAGGUAUUUUACCAUUAUAAUUUUCAAUUCUUUUAUGGAUAAAACUUUUGUAAAAGGCAUGUCUUCUGAUUUGCUGAAACUUAAAUUUAAUUUUAUUAAGUGGAAUGUUCUGGAAUUUAAAAUUGUUUUGUGGAACACCUGUGAAAUGUUUAUGAAUGCAUCUAAGAGUUAAUUUUUCCAGCAUGAGCUACCCCACCGUGUUGGGAAGUUGUAGUUUUAUAAAAUUGUAAUUAAGAUAUGAAGUUGAGAAAGCCACAAGAAUUUUAGAUGACUCCAAAAAGAUCUGCUAUGAUAUUAUGGUUGGAUGAGUCUUUUGUAUAUUUUUGUGGUAAAAAUCAUACUGUAAAAAUGACAGGGAAUUCUGUGCUCAAUAUAGGCGUGUAUUGGUACCCAAGGUUAUGGAUAUCUUAAAAAUAGCAUAGUAUAUUUGUUUUACAAGUAUCUCCCUUCUUGCUAUAUAUAUUUAUAAAUAGUAGUCAGUGUUCCUAAUCAUUUUGUGUUUAAACAUAAUUUAGGAAGAAAAUCAGGUUUACUGUUAUGUAAAAUAACCAUUUUAGUUUUGAAGGAGUAAUACUGAUAAAUUUUCAUGAGCCUCUGUUGUAAUCUUUUGAGAAAGAAUAACCUUAGACAUUGGCAAAUAUAGUCUUGCAACUUUAUACUGUUUUUUGGUUACUUUAAUAAAAUGUAUUUUAUAUGCAAAUAUUCGUAUUGCAUACAGUAAUACUUCUAUAAGUUUUCACAAGUAGAAUUUUGAAAUAAACAGUGUAAGUACUCUUUUUAAGCAACUGUAAUUUGGCACAAUUUGCUUUUAAAGUAUUUGAAUAAUAGCUUGCGCUAAUGAUCAUAUUGCCUUACCACUGCAGCUAUACUAUGAGCUUAUAACUGUGAUUACAAGCAUUAGUCAAGUUAUUAGACAUUUCAGAGGAAUAGUACCUGUUUUAUAUGAGCCUGCAUUUAGGAUACUGUAUCGUUAGCAAUUCAACAAAAUGUAGAGGAUGAUUUUUUUAAAGCUAAUUACCUUUGAUACUCCCUCUAGUUUGAAUAAACCUUGGAAUAAGUCCUGUUGAUACUGGAAAAAUUGAAAAUUCAGGUAUCAGUACUUGAGUAUAUAUAUUUGUUAAUUUUUUCCCUACACCCACUAUUUUAUGUUUGUUUUCGCAGUAAAAGACUUGGCCUGGUACCUCAUUGAGGUGGAGGAAGGAAGGAAAGUCUUAUAAUGUAAGUCUUGAAAUAGGUUUUUAAUCUACUUCCAAAAUAUCAUGAAAGUAUAUGUAAGUAAUUGGGCUUUAUUUCUCUUGUUAAAUGUAUACUUUUCCAAGUAGAUUGCACUUAAAAAGUAAAACAAAAACAAAAACAAAAAUAAAUCACAUUUAGCACUUAAUGUUUUCUGUUUUGUUUGUUUGGUACCCUUAUUUUUUUUACUGCUUAUGAAUGUUGGAGUAGGUUAUGUAAAACCUCAUUUAACUGCUAAAAGUUUUCUGAAAGGAAAUCAUAAUUGCUAAUCACUUAAGUGAGAGUAGUAACUUUGAAAAUACUUUACAUGCUAAAAUGAUAAAGGCAAAACCAAUUUUCUAUAUGAUGAAUGAUAACCUUAUGUUUCAGACACUAACUUAUGAAAUAGAACUAUUCAGUAAAUAAGUGAUUCACAUAUAUAAAUUACCUGUUCUCUGGUAUGUAGGUGAUAGUAGCUAAUGAUCCAAGAACAUGAUGGGGAAACAAUGGGGGGAAUAUGUUUAAUGGUGGUUUAAGAUACAAGAAACAAGCAGACUAACUACCUAGGAAUUAAUAACUAAGGUUGUUCUCAUAAUAGUAUUGGGCUAAGUCCCAAAGCAAAUUACUGAAGUAUGCAGAAUAGUGAGGUUUUGCUAUAUCAAAUUUAGUACAAUGGAAUUAUGAAUUGCUAAUAGUCUUCCAAAUAUUUCAUACCUCAAACAAAUCUAGAGCAGCUAAUGAGUGGUUUUGCAGCACAAGUAGUUAAAGUGUGAUGGUCUCAUGUAAAUGUUGUAAAUUACUUUAAUUUUUUCUAGAUUUUAAAAUUUAAAUGGACUAAUACAGGAAUACUGAUACGUCUGCGUUACAAAAUAAAUUUGUAAACAAGAUGAAAUAAGGUUAGAGGUUAAUAUAAAGAAAAAUUAGUUAUAAUUAAAAACUAAAUACUGUCUUGUAUUAUUCAUAAAGCAGUGUAGAAACUAAGCUCUCUCUUCUUUCAUGGCUCUCUCCAGGUUGACUUUAAGAAUAUUGUCAUUAAUUUUCCGAGUGAAAAUUAAAUGAAUAAUGACAGAUAAGGCAACCAGUAACCCUUUUGCUGUAGAAUGCAAGUCUCCUGGGCUUUUACACUACCCUUUUCUUGCUCUGUAUGAACAGUAGUGUUAAGGAAGCCAUACAUACUACUACCAUUAUUAUUUCAGUGUGUAUAGAGAUUAAAGAAGUUAUUUUUUCCUUUAUAAAAUUCAGGAAUGUAGCUGAUUAUGCACCACAAAUAAUAAAUAUUUCAAUUAAACAUAUUUAAUACGUAGUGAUAAUCCAGAUUGAAUACUUAGAUUGUCAUUUAAAUGCUUUCAUAACUAUGACCUUUGGUCAUAUUUGAGGAAUUAUUAAUAUUCAUGGAGAAAUUACGGCAAAAGAGGUUUAGGAGGGAACCAAGACUGCACCUAUACUUAGAAACUGUAACUGUGACUAAACGGAAAUUGUAACUGUCAGAUCAUAGAUAAUGAAAAUAACCAGUUUUUAUGGUACUGCUGUAGGAGCCAGUUCAACUGCACAUCUGGUGUACAGUAUGAGAUUUUAUAACAUUUAGAAUCUAUUUUAAAAGGUUUUACUUUAAACUGUCAAAUUUAAGGGAUAUGUAUAAAAAAUGUAGGAUAGCAUUUUGUUAUACAUUUUGUUUGUAGAGUUGUGUAAUUUGUAAUAGUAUGCAAAUUUAGAUUUGUAAAGCAGUAUAGUAUGCAUACGUAUAUUGAUAGUUUUUAUAUUUUGUAUAAGUAUCUUUAACCAUAAUGUACGCACAAAAUUAUAGUAGUAUGUAGUUGAUGUAAAUUGAAUUGUUGGACUUCAGGUACAAAUGCAGUUUAGAAAAAGUUUUGUAUGAUCUGCCUUAUAAGUGGUGUGAUACCAAGUACAAUCAUCACAGGUUUUCAUGGUAUUUCUUUUAGGGGAAAUCCAAUUUUCUGAAGUAAUUUAUUUAAAUUCUGAAUUUAUGUUUUAAGAUUUCUCUUUCAAAAUAUGUCAUUAGUCAUACUUUCUGAGAGAAAUAUUACUAAGAGACUUGACAUUAUGUAUUAGUAAGAUUUUUUGAUCUGUAGUUGAUACAAGGCUACAACUACAUAUGUAGUUUCUAUUAUCAUGCAGUGUGUCCAGUAACUAAAUUUUGACAUGAUUUUUUCACAUCUAUUGUAUAACUGUGUUGAAGAUAAAUACAUGAAAACAGUAAACUAAAUAAUGAAAAUGUUUGUUCUAUCUUAGAUAUGCAAGUUUAGCUUGAUACAAAUACUAAGUUUCUUCAUUCUUUUAGCUCUUGAUAGAUAUAAAAUAUGCAGUACAGUUGUUGUUUAGGUUGUUAUUCAAGUGGUUUGCUUCUCUAUUUAAUAAUAACAAAUGCUGGUGUAAAAGAGGUCAUGUUAAUGUUAGCUAUCGUACACAUUUGUGAUCAACUUAUUUAGAGCAAGAGUAGCUUCUUGUGUUAAUAAUAGAACCAGGAAAUGGGUAUAAUUUUCAGUCCUAUAUAUAUGAUGCUGCUGCCUUAGAAUCAAUUUUAUCCUCUUGUAUCUAAUAUGAAGGAAACUGCUGGCUGUUUGGCAGUUCUACAUGUUUACAUCUGUUUUGAAGGUCUUUUAAAUAUUUGAAUGCGAGUGCCAUUUUCUGCCAUCCAUCUACUAUUAACAUAAUUAUGAAAGCUCCAGUUUUAACAUUUCUAUUGUGUUUUAGGCUUUUUGUGGUCAGUGUCAUAUCACUGUUUUAUAGCACAAAUAGAUGUCAUUAUCAAGUGCUUUAAUAGAAGCAGUAGGUUUCAGGUGUAGUCAAGAUGCUAAGUUGAUGUAAUCUUUCGUAUAUUUUAUAGUGAAGAUCAAGUUAUGAUAAAAGUUUGGGUUUGCAGUUUGGCACUUUGAAAUGAGUUUUUAUUGCUUUUAUCAAUUUAAUAAUCCAAUUUAGCUGUGAUUCUCUCAAUCAUUUAUGAGUCAGUACAUGUUUGCCUUCACUAUGUCUAAAGAGAAUAUAUAAUUUGGAUAAGGUGGCAUGCCCUAGUUGAAUGUUUUGAGCUAACUUUGGAACUUUCGUUUCAACCAUAGGUUUCAUUGAAUCUGUUUCUUGGUGUAUUAUUUUCAUGAUGUUCCUUAAUUUUUCAAAUUGAGUACAUGACAGUAGAUUUACUGUACUGUACAGUGAUAAGCUACUUUCCCUAAAGUAUCUUAGGGUGCUCUGAUUUUUUUUCUAAGAAUAUUAUUAGUAAGGUCACACAACUGGUUCAUAUGAUGAACGAGUAAGAAAAAAAUGUGUUAAUGUUCAUUUAGUUUAAAUGCAGCUUUAGUUAUUUGUAUAACUAUUCUCUCUUCAAUAUAAAAUGUUCUGAUACUGAUAGUGUUUGUAUUAACUACUUGAAUGCUUAAUGAAGGAUUUACACUCAAUUGUCAUGUAAUUUGCAGCCUGAAAUAAAAAUAAUCUACAAAUAAAUACUGACAUAUUGGUUUGGUGCCAAUGUUUUGAGGUUUUAUUUUUUUAUACUUAAAAAUGUUUUUUGCAUUAUUAAUGCCUUUCUUUCCAUCAUGUUCACAUGCAUGAUGAUUUAUACUCAUCCACAUUAUCAGUAUCAGUGCUUUUUGUCCUGUGAUUUAAGCAGAUAAUAGCAUGUUCCAUAUAUUUGCCCUGACUGCAUUCUAUAUAGUCCAAAAAAUUUUAUGACUUAAAAGUUAAUUUACCACAAUACAGUUUUAUUUUUAUGUACAGAAUUUUCAUAUGCUACCACAAUAUCUAAAACCUUUUGAGAUAAUUGUGAGAGAGAAGUUACUUUUAUUCUGACACAAUAUUUUGUAACUGAAUAUAUCAUCAGAGUUGUCAGGAUAUUUGUCAAAGCCUUAUGUUUUGUGGUUGUAUUUGUUUUCUGUGGAGGAUAUUUUGAUCUUGUAUUGUGUAGCUUUGGUUCUAAUUUGCAUCUUUCAAUAUAGAUUUAAGAUAUUGCAUCAGUUGUGAAUUCCUCCUGUCAUGAAGCAUUACUGAAUAUAACUGCUUUUGGAGAUAUCACUCAACAUAACAUAACAGUUCAGAUGCUCAUGACGUGGAUUUUUACAUUUGUACGAUUGCUCUUAAUGUAAGUUUGUUUUAGUAGUUACUGUACUAUUUUGCUCAAGUCACCCUGUCCUAAUUUUGUUAUUGUUUUGACUUUGUAAAACAUGCUGUGAUGGCCUUCCCUAUUUACUGCUGGAAUUAUGUGGUAUCACUUGGAAUUUUUUAUGCAUUCUGUAUACAUGUAAACAGGUUUGAGAAGCUAUGUUACUGAAAGAGUUGUCCAUUCUAGGCUCCAAGACAUAGUUUUCAUGAAUAUUGUUGUUCUUUAGUUUGCUUAUGGUAUAUUGUUUUAUAACCAAAGUGCUAAGCUUUACUUGUUUAAUAACAUGAUACAAUAAAAAUGUCAAAUUUA